CGAAUAACUACUAAAUUCCGUCGUCGUGCUCAGUAAUUAUUGUGAUUUAUUUAAGCAGUUAUAAUUUGGUUUCUUGCAGUUGUGAUUAUGGUCCUAAAUAUGACUCGUGGGAACCUGGCGCAUCUGAUCUACGGAACGGCGCUUCUAACGGCGAUCAGUGUGACUCCUUUGGUCACCUUGGAAUCACGCUUGGGUUACCCUAAGCGCAUAAACAGCGCAAAGUUCUUCUAUCCGAAUAUCCUGGGCCCCGCCAUUGUGUCCCUGGUGCUGACCAUCCUGACAAUGGUGCCCCGCCUGAUGAACCCGAAUCGCUGGCACAAGGAAAAUAAGGGGUUCUUCCUACUGAUGCUGCCCUGGAUCCUGUUCUGCUGCCUCAAGUUCGCCCAUAACUUCGAACUGCUGUCCAAGACAACCGUACAUGUGUGGGAUGAGGAAGUCUGGAUGAACCUAAUGGUCCUUCUCCUCGUCGCCUACUGUCUUAUCUUCUGUUUGGCCCUGGAACAGAUGCUCUCCUGGUGCACGAUCUACCUUAUGAUGACCGAUGAUAUGAUCACCUGGCGGCUUUACCUGGAGAGAAGGCUUAUGGAGUAAUUGUUUACUAAUUGAUGCGCAUUACGACUCUUAAGCUUGAUGUGUAUGCCAAAUAAUAUUAAUGCAUUCCAAAAAAAAAAA